CGGACUCUAACAAACUCCCCUUCCCUCAGUACCCUUCACCUUGUUCUCUUGGGUGUUUCUUCUCCGGCGGCAACUUUCCCGAUUCUCCUUCAGAACUCCGGCUCCGGCGUCCGUAAAUAUUCUAGUCAAUCCUUGACUGAAAAACUGAACUCGGCAGUAAUCGUUCAUCUUCUCUCUCUUAAUGCAAUUCGAUUUUUCUUCGUGUCUCUUCAACUGCAGGAUUAUUGACCGUUCUUUUCCGUUCGAGUCGCGGGCGCUGGAAUAUCGCUUCUCGUAUCUGAUUCUUUUUCAAUUUGUUGACGGAGUUUGUCUUAUUAUUAUUAUUUAAGUCGAGAAGUUUCCGGCGCAGAAGAAGAACUUCACUGAUGAAGAAGAUUUGUUGUUUUGUAAUGCGAUUCUGGAUUUGCAAUUAUGCGUUUUAGGUCAACUGAGAUUAGCUAUUCGAUUUCUCUACUACUUUCUUUCUAUUUUGUUCUGUGAGAGGAUGAUUCGUAUCCGUCAAUUUUUAUAGCGAAAAAUGGACGGAUUCGUAAUCCUCUUCUACCUAAAUUGAUUGUUAAAGAAAGUUUUCGGCAUCGUUCUUGUGAGAACGGAUCGAGAGAAGAAAAGUUUUAGAGCUAUAUGUCGUUGAAGUGUACUUUCAGGAGCCCUAGGAUGAGGAAAUUGUUGUGAGAUUGAGAAAUUAGCAGAGUCGAAGAAUUAAAAAUUACUGUGAGAUAGGCGUGUUUUUUAAGAUUAGGAAAUGGCGGAUUCGGAUAACGAAUCGGGAGGUCACAACAGCAACGCGAACAGCGAGCUAUCGGCGAAGGAACAGGACAGAUUCUUGCCGAUAGCGAACGUGAGCAGGAUCAUGAAGAAGGCGCUACCAGCAAACGCGAAGAUCUCGAAAGAUGCGAAAGAAACUGUACAAGAGUGCGUAUCGGAGUUCAUAAGCUUCAUAACGGGAGAGGCAUCGGACAAGUGCCAGAGAGAGAAGAGGAAGACAAUCAACGGCGACGAUUUGCUGUGGGCCAUGACGACGCUAGGAUUCGAAGAGUAUGUGGAACCGCUCAAGUCAUAUCUGCAGAAGUACAGGGAAAUGGAAGGAGAAAAGAGCACUAUGGGGGGAGGAAAAGGGGAAAAAGACGGUGGUGGUGGUGGUGGUGGGCCCGGCGGAAGUGGGGCAAAUGUUGGUGGUGGUGGUGGUGGUGGAGUCAACCCUGGUACUGGUGGUGGUGUUAGCGGCGGUGGAUUCAACGGAGUGGGUGGAAUGUAUGGUGGGAUGAUGAUGAUGGUGCAUCAUCAGGGUGGUGUUUAUGGCAGUGGUGGAUUUCACCACAUGGGAAUCGGCGGCGGGAAGGGAGGAAAUGGUGGUUCCGGCACCGGACACCGAUAGUUCCAGCGGUGGUGGCGGUGACGAUGUGGACUCUGCUGCAAGGUCAAGCUAAGUGGUUGCUAGUUGGACACUAAUAAAAGGUUCUCCAACUUUUGAGCAUCAUUGAUGACUUUUUAGGAAGUUAAUAAUAAUUUUUUUUUUCUUCCUUCCUUUGAGGGUUUCUGCCAAAUUUCUCUAUUUUUCUUUACUCUUCCUUUUUUUCCCUUAUAUAUAAAUGUAAUUUGUGUAUCUUGUGGGUAAGAGG